AUGUCUCCCUCAAAAUCCUCCGACAUUGAUUUCACCACCUUCCACAACAUCGUAGAUGGCAAGAAGCGGGGUAGCAACACAGCCCACCAGGGCGUCAAUCCAACUACCGGCGAACAGCUCUGGGACGUUCCCAUCGCGGGACAAGAUGACGUGAACGACGCCGUCGAGGCUGCGGAGAAGGCAUUCCCAGGAUGGGCCGCUACACCAAUGGACAAGAGGAAGGAGCUGCUGCAGAAGUUCGUCGAACUGUACAAGAACUACGAGAAAGAGUUUACGGAUUUGCUGUGUAAGGAAACGGGCAAGCCGCGCAUGUUCGCCAGCCAGGAAGUCCAAGGCGUCGGCGCCUUCGCCGGUCACCAUUGCACGCUCAGCCUCCCUGAAGAGCGGAUCGAGGAUGACGAGAAGGUCGUAACUACACGCUACAAGCCCCUCGGCAUUGUCGGCGCCAUCUGCCCCUGGAACUUCCCCCUCGUCCUCUCCAUCGGCAAAAUCGCGCCUGCGCUCGUCACCGGCAACGUCAUCAUCGUCAAGCCCUCGCCGUUUACACCCUAUACCACGCUCAAGUUGGUCGAGCUGGCGCAGGAGGUCCUCCCGCCUGGUGUUGUGCAAGUGCUCGGCGGUGAUGAUAAGCUGGGUCCCAUGUUCACGGCCCACCCCAAGAUUGCGAAGAUCUCGUUCACCGGUUCUAUCGCGACAGGCAAGAAGAUCAUGGAGGCUUGUGCGAAGACUCUGAAGCGCGUGACUCUCGAGCUGGGCGGCAACGAUGCCAGCAUUGUCUUGCCCGAUGUGGAGAUUGACAAGGUCGCGCCGGAGGUCGCUAUGGGUGCUUUCUUCAACUCUGGUCAGGUCUGUGUCGCCACGAAGCGCAUCUACAUCCAUGAGUCCAUCUACCGCCCGUUCCUCGACAAGAUGAUCGAGUUCACAAAGUCCAUUAAGGUUGGCAGCAGCGACGACGAAGGCGUCCUCCUCGGCCCGAUUCAGAACUCUAUGCAAUACGAGAAGGUCAAGGGCUUCUUCAAGGACACCAAGGAGAAGGGCUAUAAGUUCGCCGUCGGCUCGCCGGAUGUUGAGGACACCGGCAAGGGCUUCUUCGUUCAGCCCACUAUCAUAGACAACCCGCCAAAUGGCAGCAAGAUCAUCGAGGAGGAGCCGUUCGGUCCUAUCGUCCCCUGCCAGCCCUGGUCGGACGAAGCGGAAGUCAUCCGCCGCGCCAACAACACCAACACCGGCCUUGGCGCCUGUGUCUGGGGCAAGGAUGUCAAGCACGCCGAGGAGGUCGGUCUACAGCUCGAGGCCGGCAGCGUCUUCAUCAAUUCCUUCGAGAAGCCAACGCCGCAGGCCUUCUUUGGUGGCCAUAAGGAGUCCGGCAUAGGCGGUGAGUGGGGAACUACCGGCCUGCUGGCUUACUGCAAUGGCCAUGUCAUGCAUGUGUAUAAGGAGAAGACGGAGCCGAAACCGUCUGUGUAG